GAAAAAAAUUUUACUUCAAAUGCUUAACAUGAUGCUUCUGAUUCAGUUGGUGGGACCUUUAUUUCACAUUUGAAUUCAGCUGCUCCCGAUGUCCCUUUCCUGAAAAUCUCAAUACUAAAAGCUCGAGAAACCCUGUAGUUGGCGAAGUUUGUCCUUUACCAUCAGCUUUUGGGGUGGGGGUCAGAAGAAACACGGGUGAAAAUGCAGCGCAGAACGAGGCUGAAGCUCCGCCCCUCGACAAUAAGUCCAUAUUCCAGCGGCCGACAUGGUCCUCCGAGGGAGCCGCUGAGCCGCCGAGGCUGGCCGGUCCCAGGGGCAGGACGUUCUAGCACGAGCCUACUCGAUGGUAGGGAAUGGAGCGACUUGGUCUCCGGGCGCUGCCAUGUUGGAGGCUCCGGGCCCGAGUCAUGGCUGCGAGCUCCGCCACCCCAGCAGCGGUGUUAAAGCCAGCUGCGUCCAGCAGAUGCUGGAAGUGCAGCCAGGACUGUAUCUGGGUGGAGCCGCGGCCGUCGCGGAACCAAACCACUUGAGGGAAGCGGGCAUCACGGCCGUGCUAACGGUGGACUCGGAGGAGCCCAGCUUCAAGGCGGGGCCUGGGGCCGAGGGUCUAUGGCGCCUCUUCGUGCCAGCGCUGGACAAACCCGAGACUGACCUGCUCAGCCAUCUGGACCGGUGCGUGGCCUUCAUCGGCCAGGCCCGCGCCGAGGGCCGUGGGGUGUUGGUGCACUGUCAUGCAGGAGUCAGUCGAAGUGUGGCCAUAAUAACUGCUUUUCUCAUGAAGACUGACAAACUUCCCUUUGAAAAAGCCUAUGAAAAGCUCCAGAUUCUGAAACCAGAGGCUAAGAUGAAUGAGGGGUUCGAAUGGCAACUGAAAUUAUACCAGGCAAUGGGAUAUGAAGUGGAUACCUCUAGUGCAAUUUAUAAGCAAUAUCGUUUACAAAAGGUUACAGAGAAGUAUCCAGAAUUGCAGAAUUUACCUCAAGAACUCUUUGCUGUUGACCCAACCACCGUUUUACAAGGAUUGAAAGAUGAGGUUCUCUACAAGUGUAGAAAGUGCAGGCGAUCAUUAUUUCGAAGUUCUAGUAUUCUGGAUCACCAUGAAGGAAGUGGACCUAUAGCCUUUGCCCACAAGAGAAUGACACCAUCUUUCAAGCUUACCACAGGGAGGCAAGCUCAAUGUACAUCUUAUUUCAUUGAACCUGUACAGUGGAUGGAAUCUGCUUUGUUGGGAGUGAUGGAUGGACAGCUUCUUUGCCCAAAAUGCGGUGCCAAGUUGGGUUCCUUCAACUGGUAUGGUGAACAGUGCUCGUGUGGUAGGUGGAUAACACCUGCUUUUCAAAUACAUAAGAAUAGAGUGGAUGAAAUGAAAAUAUUGCCUGUUUUGGGAUCACAAACAAGAAAAAUAUGAACAUGGUAUUUUAUCGCUUCGGAAGAAACUUGCAGAUGAUAUGUGCUGCCUUUACUUCUUACCAUUCAUGGCAGAUUGUUUAGGCUAUCAACAUUUCAUUUGAAAUGUGAGAAGAUAAAAUCACUUGAUGUAACCUGGAAACUAUGCUUUGUUAGCUUAUUAUAUAAGUAGAAUAGUUUACGUGGCAAUCAAAACCUUUUAGUCAUAUACAUUUUAUUUGAUAUUAAAAUCUUUUAUAACCAGA